AUGUCGGAACAGAUGGAGAGCUCGACAAUCGCACCUUCGUUUGAUGAACUUCCCGGGCCUGAUAUGGAUUGCGAAUCUCCUGGUCUUGGACCAAGUACAGAAACCUCCGAAUUUACACCUACAUGCACUCUCCACCUCGCACAUGAUCACAUCACCCUAUCCGAUGUUGAUGAGCAUGAGGAUGAAGACAUGGAUCCUGGGAGCAUAGCAGCCACCCGAGGGUCAGAGGAUGCCGCAUCUAGUUCUCAGAUGCGAGACGACACACGUUCGGGACUUGGACCAGAGACGGAAUUGGAAGCAGACCGCACGGCAACGAUAGAGGAGAUCAAGAUAGCAGAGGAGUUUAUUCGUUUACUGAAGCAGGCUUCACUAGAGACUAGCGGGCUUGAUGCUAAUACCAUACAUCGCCUCCACCAUCCCAUCGAGGCCCCCCUUGAUAUCGACGAUCCCGAUCUGCUGCUAUCGAUUGAAAUAUUCCUCUCCGUGACUAACGCAUCACAAGUGACAUACACAGCCGUGCGCAGUGCAAUCCUCCACCAUUACCCCGAGAAUACCAUCCUCACUUUUGACCAGGUGAAGAGCAAGAUUGCCGAGCUGAGCGGCGUAGUCCCCAUUAUCCAAGACAUGUGUGUCAACACAUGUCUAGCCUACACUGGUCCAUUCGCCGAGCUAGACCAGUGCCCGACAUGUGGAGAACCGCGCUAUGAUACUACGAGCAAUGGCAAGAAGCGCAUCGCUUGCCAAGAAUUUCACACCAUUCCAGUCGGUCCUCAGUUACAGGCUCUGUGGAGAUCUCGUGAAGGUGCUACGGCCAUGCAUCAUCGUAGUCGUCGCACACAUGAGAUUCUGGAGUGGCUUCGCGAGCAUAAUAACCAGCUGUACGAAUAUGACGACAUAUACCACGGAUCUGCCUAUCUCAAAGCUGUUCUCGAGAAUCAGAUCGGCACCGACGACAUGGUCCUUCUUAUGUCGAUUGACGGUGCGCAGCUUUAUGAAAGCAAGGCCUCGGAUUGCUGGAUCUACAUCUGGGUAGUUUUAGAUCUAGCACCGGAGCUUCAUUACAAGAAGAAGCACGUCCUCCCUGGUGGUUUCAUACCCGGUCCGCAUAAACCCAAGAAUCUCGACUCCUUUCUGUUUCCUGGCCUUGGGCAUCUAAUGGCACUACAGAAGGAUGGUCUUUACAUCUGGGAUGCUUCAGAUGAACACACUUUCCGAUCGAAUCCAUUUCUAGCCAUGGUGACGGCUGAUGGUCCUGGAAUGGCUCAUGUAAAUGGUCUGGUGGGUCAUCACGGAGCUCAAGGUUGUCGUCUCUACUGUCCACUCAAAGGACGUCAUAAAGCCGGUGGCCCACACUAUUAUCCAGCUCUUCUCAAGCCAGUAGACUACGAGGUUGAUGGUUGUGAUCACGAUGAUGUCUCCUGGUGUACUCUCAUGCCAUUGUCUCCGGAGCAGUAUGCAGAGAACCUUGUUUACGUGCGCACAUCCCCUAACGAUACUCAAUAUAAGGCGCACUGCAAGCAAACUGGUAUCGCCAAGCCGAGUAUUCUCAGCGGCCUCUCUCGUAUUCUGCUUCCACCUACAUGCUGUGUGCUCGAUCUCAUGCACCUCGCAUCUCUCAAUAUUCCAGACCUGCUCAUCCCUCUAUUCCGUGGAAUGCUCGAGUGCGACAAAGAUGACGAUAAAUCAGAGUGGGAUUGGGUAGUUCUUGUAGGUGAGAUCUGGCAGAUUCAUGGCAAGAUGGUUGCAGAUGCACGCCCGUAUCUUCCUGGGUCAUUUGACCGACCAUCGCGAAAUCCUGCAGAGAAGAUAUCUAGUGGAUACAAGGCCAAGGAAUUCCUGAAUUAUGUCUAUGGCUUUCUCCCGGCUCUCUUGCGACCGAUUCUGCCUGAAAAAUAUUGGCGUAACUUUUGCAAACUCGUACUCGCUGUUCGGAUAUUUCACCAGUGCAAGCUCACUUCUGCACAGCUCAAGCUUGCACAUACAACAAUGCUCGAGUUCAUUGAGGAGUUUGAACUUCUCUAUUACCAACGUCUUCCUUCUCGUCUACAUUUCUGUCGACCUUGCACUCACACCCUCGGACAUCUGGGCCCCGAAGUAGUUCGUCUUGGUCCACUUAUUUACUACACUCAGUGGAAAAUGGAGCGCACGAUUGGAAAUCUUGGCGAAGAGAUCAAACAGCCAUCUAAUCCUUACGCCAAUUUAUCACAACGUGGUUUACGGCGUUCUCAAGUCAAUGCGGUGAAGAUUAUGGUACCUCAUCUCGGUGUCCUAGGAGAGAAGGACAAUUCUCAGGAUGAAAAGACGGUGCAACUUAAUAGUGGGUACAAUCUCCGGCAUCCUCGGCAAAAGGCAGGACAGCAUAUUCGGGCUGUAGGAGAAGUUAAUGCAAUUCGGAGGUACAUGAUAGACCACAGGCUACUCACAUCCAUGGCGGCGAAGGAUUGGGAUCCAAAACUGGCCAAGUGGGCUCGUUUGGGCCUACCGAAUGGACAGAUAGCACGUUCGGUAUAUGGCGAGGGCAAACGUACUGACGAAAAUGUGCGCAUGUCUCGCAAUGUCAAACUCGAUAUUAAUGGGACAACUCAUUUCGGUGAAGUUCAGUAUUACUUUCAAGCUGAAACAGGUCACGCACAAAGUUCGGCCCUUGCAGUGAUACGUUUAUAUUCUGAGCCAGAUGCGAUCAUCUUGCAGCGCUCCUACAACACCGUAUGGAUGUGUCAUCCUCAAGGGGAUGCUGCGCUAAUGGUUGUGGAUAUUGAGAAUAUCAUUGCAGUCGUUGGCAUGAUUCCAGAACCAUUCUAUGGUGGUGCAGGAGCCGGAGAGCAGGCGGAGAGAUCAGAUCGAUUUUUUGUUGUUGAGAAGACAGGCUUGGAGGUUGGACUGAUGGUGGGCAAGUUGCAAUCAGUGGAGAAUGAUUGA